AUUGGUCCGUUCAUGAAGAAUUCAGCGUGUCUACUCCCUGUGGCUUCUGUGCUGUGCUUAGUUUCGCUAGCUUUUAGAAAUGACCACAGUCAAGCAAAACGAAGCGAAAGCUUCUGCCUUGGAGGAAAAUAAAGAAAAUUCACCGGGUGGAGGAGUUGGACUUGAAAUCUUGCAAAUCAUUAAGGAGUCCCAGCAGUUGCACGGUCUCAGACAUGGAGACUACCAAAGAUACAGGGGCUACUGCUCUCGUAGACUACGUCGUCUACGCAAGACUCUCGGAUUCAAGAUGGGAAACCGGCACAAGUUUGUUGGGAAAAAAAUAACAGUUGAAAUGCUUUUGGACAGCAGGUACUUGCUGCUGGUUUUGAUGGAAGCGGAGCGUGCAUGGAGCUACGCCAUGCAGUUGAAGCAGGAGGCCAACACGGAGCCGCGUAAGCGUUUUCACUUGCUGGCACGGCUCCGCAAAGCUGCCAAGCACAGUCAGAAGCUGGAGAAGCUGUGCGAGAGUCCCUCUGUUGAUGCCAAGACUAAACUUGAAGCGCAGGCCUACACAUCCUACCUGACUGGCAUGGUGGAGUUUGAAUUGCAGAAGUGGAAGAGUGCCAUGGAGGCCUUCAACAAGUGCAAGACCAUCUAUGAGAAGCUUGCAAGUGCAUUCACUGAGGAGCUGGAAGCUCUUUAUCGUCAGCGUGUAGACGAAAUAUCACCUAACAUCCGAUACUGUGCUUACAAUAUAGGUGACCAGAAUGCUAUCAAUGACUUGAUGCAAAUGAGACUGACGGGAGGAGGAGGAGGCAUGAUGGCUGAGAAACUAGAGACCCUGAUCACUCAGGCGAGAACCAAGCAGGCGGCCACCAUGAGCGAGGUGGAGUGGCGCGGGAGGAGCGUGCCCGUCAAGAUCGACAAGGUCCGCAUCUUCCUGUUGGGUUUGGCAGACAACGAGGCUGCCAUUGCUCAGGCAGCCAACGAGGAGACCAAAGAACAUCUGUAUGAGACCCUGCUGGCCGAGUGCCGCGACACCAUCCAAGCGGUGCGAGAGGAACUCAAGACUGAGGCGAAGCAGCGCGAUAGAAGCUCGGAUGCUGACAACGGAAAAGUGUCCAACAUGCAGUUCCUGCACAGCUAUUUGAGCUACAUCAAGCUGUGCACGCUGGUGAAGAGGAACGAGAGCAUGGCACACACGCUGCAGGCCAAGCUGAAGGAGCCCGAGGGGGACGAGAAUAAGAGGGGGCCCCGUCCACAGGACCUCAUCCGCCUCUAUGACAUCAUCCUACAGAGUCUGGCUGAGCUCUCCUCCCUGCAGGGCCUGGAGGAUGACCAUGGGUUCCAGAAAGAGGUGUCCCUCAAGACACUGGCCUACAAAGCCUACAGGUGUUUCUACAUCGCCCAGUCUUACGUUCUGGUAAAGAAGUGGAGCGAGGCUCUGGUGCUCUAUGAGAGGGUGCUCAAGUAUGCCAAGGAGGUGCAGUCAAAGACCAAGGGCAUGAACAACAGCCUUAAGGACCUCCCUGAUGUGCAGGAGCUCAUUGCUAAAGUCAAUGCAGAAAAAUACUCUCUUCAAGCGGCAGCCAUAUUAGAUACCGGAGAGACUGUUGACGUUCCCACUCCACAGCCCAUCAAAGACAACACGCCUCUGUGCGACCGCUUGGAGACGUUCCGCCUGGACUCGUCCCUUGUGGGGAAGCACCCCAACCUUGUCCACUUCCCGCCCGACUUCCAGCCGAUCCCUUGCAAACCUCUGUUCUUUGACCUGGCUCUCAACCACGUAGCCUUCCCGGCCCUGGACGACAAGGUGGAGCAGAAGGUCAAGGGCGGCCUAACCGGCUACAUCAAGGGAAUCUUUGGAUUCGGCAGCUAAAACGUGAAGAGAAGCCUCCCUGGUGUCACUUAUUAGAAUCAUCUUUCUUGAAUGGUUACUUUUCAGUGCCUCCGUGUGAGACAAGCGGAUGAGUUUUGGAGAAAGGAAUGUCAUGAAAUCUACCUGCCAUCUUUUUAAUGACUUGUCAUGGUUAAACCGGUUACCAUGUCUUAAUGAUUGCAGCCAAGUUGUUUUGUUCCCAGAGCAUUUGCAGAUUUUUUCUUCGGCACAGUAGUACACUUAAUGAAACAGCCGUAAUGGUGUGACCUUAAACACCUCGUUUGUUUGCUUUGUCCCUUGUCUUUCCUGCACCGCCAACCUGAUUUUUUUCUCAUUUGUCAGAGUUCACAUGCAACCUUAAAACUGAUCAAUUGUUUAGGAAAGAAAAAAAAAAUCGUUGUUUUGUACAAAAUUGGGUUGUUUUGUGCAAUUUUUAACCCAAAUUUGGUUGUUUUAAAGCCAGCAUUUUCGAGGGGGUGUAACCAUUGCAGAACAGUCAAAUGGUUUAGGUGAUUGGGGUGUAACCGGUACAAAAGCACAAGACAACCGGUUGCUUAGCAGUGGUGCUCAGAAUUUAGGCAAGCUCAUAGGGAAGAAAACUGAAGCGUAGUUCAAAAUGCCCCCUCUGCUAUGGUCCAGACUGCAUGGAAACACAGAGCGGUGGUGUAAUGUAAUGGAACACUCAUACUCUUGAGGAGAGCAUGUCAGAUUACAUUUUUAAAUGCAUCCUAAAUUCAGCCUUUUUGAUUUGCUUUGUGACUGUCCUUUAAAAAAAAUGAUCUACAUAUUUUAGGCUGUAGAGUAAGUGAGUCAACCUUCUGCUAUCUUGCUGGUGACUUCCUUUGGGACACUGACGUGAACUGAUUCAUUGGUUUCAAAUGACUCACUUUUCUCUCAAGUGAGCACACCCCACACAAUUUGGUAAUUUUGUUUUCAUGGGAUGACAGCAAAAUGGCACCACACUGCUGCUUAGUUUGAAGGAUUUGGUCAUCUAUACCUUAAGCCGUCCUUAAUUAGAGUUCCAAUUCCAUGCCAUGUUGAACUGCCAGUGACCAGAACGGGAGCGAUUACGUCAUAUAAACACACCGGAGACUAACACCAACUAGCCAAGUGAUACCGGGGACGCUCCCAAAUUCAGUUGGGACCCAUUUUGACAUUUUCACUUAGGGGUGGUCCUGUGUAAAGUCAAAACAUUUACCAAAAUGUGACAGGUGUACUCAUUUUAAUUUUUUUUUUUUUUUUUUUUUAAGCAUACCUGAUGCUACCUGAUGACCAUGUUGGAGUCUUUUAAAUGUUUUUUUUUUUUUAAUCAUAAAUAUCAUCCCGGUCCGGAAAUAUUGUACAAAGGUCUUAGGCUGGCACUAGCUUUGUUGUUUUAUAGACCCUUUUGCAAACAGACAAACAAAUUUGACUCUACCAAGUGAACUCUAUGAAUCGUAGUCAUACAUGAUUAUUGUAACAAACAACAAAGCUAAAGACUCCUAAGACUUUUGCACAGGCCUUCGAAAUAUACUGUUUGAUAUUUUAUCAAUUAACCGCUGAUCACUCUACAUGAGAGGUUCCCAGCCUCAUAAUCAGGUUUCAUUCUACUGUGGCAACACAACCAGAAUUCCUAGUUGUAUCAUGGAUAACAGUAAAUAGCAUAUUUGUACAAAAACACUUCUAGGCAAUAUAUUUUAAACAAGCAAAUGAAAAAUAGUAUGCACGCAGGUAACAGGAUGCCUUGUGCUAUGCAAUGACAUUCUGGGCCAUUCAUCAACUAGUCCAAACCGAAGACUCUCUGUAUUAUUUUUUCUCCCCCUUUUUUUUUUUUUUUUUUUUUUUUUGUAACCCCUUGAGUUAAUUUUGUUCCCCUUUGUCAUUGUAAAAAAUUGGUCCAAUUGAUUUAUUUUGAAGCGAAAGAAAUAAACUGGGUAACUUGAACACAUAAUUGAAA